AUGGAGCAAUCGCCACAUUUCGAUAAACAGCAAAGUGAAGAGGGAUUGACCCAAAGAGAACUCGAGAUUAAAGAGCGUCGCCGUCGUCAGAAUCGCAUUGCUCAAAGGAACCACCGGAAAAGAAAAUAUCAACUCGGUGGAAACCAGAACGAAAAUUCAUGUCAACGCCGCACAGAGGAGACCGGUGUCGACUUACAGGCUUGCGUUACAAGCAAAAUUGCCCAGCAGAGUCUAGAAUGCUGGCUCAAUGCUCUGGGCCUGGUUUCCCUCGAACAGCUCGUACCUCCCAGUCCGUCGACGUUGGUUAAUACCCCUAGUCCUCACGAGGAACAUACGUCGUACCCGUCUCCCUCGCAGAGCUUGAGCCCAUCCGAUUCAUCUAUCAGCCUAGAACAGCCCUUUAUUACCAAAGAUACUUGCAUCAUGGAUGCAGGCCCUGCUGCUGUACCAGUCGAAGGUGAUCUUUCUCGGGUGUCUAGAAUAUCUGCAGAUCCACAGUUCUUGGAAGCAAAUCUUGCUCUAACACCAUCGUCGGAGCCACACAAGCCCUACGGAAAAUAUUUGCAGGAGAUGGCACCCGGGUUCGACCUCGGCGUUUCUAGACGGCCCUCUGGAGGGACGGCAGGUGUAUCUAGCCCGUCUGGCAAGAUAGAAUCCCAUGCUGAGAAUAUUGACGACAAAAUUGAUAGGCUUAGAGAUAUCUUGGGACGGCCGAACGUUGAGGAGCGCAGUAGUGAGAUAGAAGGGAAAACAGCCCUCCACCUAUCCGCAGAGAGAGGUCAUGCCGGCACCGUGUGGUGUCUCAUCCAAUGCGGAUCCGAUACUAGCAAACGGGACAUAUACGGAGCGACAGCAUUGCACUAUGCUGCUAGAAUGGGGUAUGUGUAUGUUAUGAGGACCCUCCUAGAGAAUGGCGCAGACGGCAGCGCCAAAGACCUGCAGGGCCGCACACCUCUACAUAUGGCGGCCGAGAGUGGGCAUGAAGAGGCCGUCCGGCUCCUAGUAAGGGUUGGUAUCGAUGUUGAUAUUCAAGUUCAAGCAAUAUAA